AUGGACGGUCCGCCACCGGUUCUAAACGUCCAUACACCUGUUUCGUCGUUUGCAAUAGUUCAUUCCAACGAUGAUACAUUAGAAACACUUUUUCAGAAGCUAAGCAAAAAAGCAUCAGUUGAAUUCAAUAGCCUACCCGUCAAGUCGGGCUGGGUCAAAUAUUCAUGGAAUGGUAGUACUUGGAAUCUUGACGAUGAUUCAGACUACGCUAUUUUCGUAUGGAGACAAAAGUCUACCAUACCGGGCAGCGACCAAUGGCCUGUUCUUCAUAUACGUAACCCCGACGUAUCACUCCCGCAGCCGCCAGCGUACCAAAACAAGUCGUUCUAUAUGUUCCGACGUAAAUCCCCGGCCCCUUCACCUCGCCCAAACUCCAGCACGGGGUCUGGCAAGAAAGCACGCUCCAUGAAGCAGGACGGACUGCAGGACGGUACUCCUAAACAUAAACAAGAAUUUGAGAAAUUUCACAGUGAGAAUGGCGUGCGCACUAUUACUGGGACUAUAGGCCCGGUCAAGAACGUGCGAAUGUUACUCAAGAGUGGGUAUCGCCAUGUAUACAUUUCUCGUAAAUUUGCGUUACAACACGGAUUCAUCCCUGGAGAUGCUGCUCCCGGACACUAUGGUUACGGUGGACUUGUAAAUAUCGGCAAAUGGCCAAUCACUGUCGGGCACACGAAAACAAUCCAUGCUGUAUACUUGUCAGAGGAAUCGCAUUUUGACGUCGUCCUUGGCCGUUCAUUCAUGGAAUACCGUCAAGUCAAGCUUGACCCUAUUGAUCCCACAGACGUCGUGUGCAUGGAUACGGGAGAGAAAGUCGACUGUGAGCUGGUCAUACUGAAAGAUGGGAAAGGACAAAUUGUAACAGUUACAUGA